AUGUGGCUCAUUGAGCGGGAUUGCAGAAGUCCUGCCACUGACAUAGAGCAUCAGGGAGUGGUAUUUGCCAACACGUGUAACGCCGCCGUAGGGGUGAAAUCCUUUUUCGACAUGAUGCACUCGGGUCCCAAUAAGCUGAUGCUCUUUGGUGCUGCUUGCACCCAUGUUACUGACCCCAUCGCCAAGGCCAGUAAGCAUUGGCAUCUCACUCAACUCUCCUACGCUGACACCCAUCCCAUGUUCACGAAGGACGCUUUCCCCAAUUUCUUUCGGGUGGUACCCUCGGAGAAUGCCUUCAAUGCACCCCGUUUGGCACUUCUGCGACGCUUCAAUUGGACCCGAGUCGGUACUAUCUAUCAGAAUGAGCCACGGUACUCCCUGCCUCACAAUCACAUGGUAGCCGAUUUGGAUGCCAUGGGGAUGGAAGUGGUUGAGACACAGAGCUUCGUGCAGGAUGUGAGUGAAAGUCUGCGGAAGUUGAAGGAGAAGGAUGUACGAAUCAUCCUGGGCAACUUCAAUGAAACGUGGGCACGACGGGUGUUUUGCGAAGCGCACAGGCUGGAGAUGUAUGGACGUUCCUACCAAUGGCUCAUCAUGGGCACCUAUACCGUGGAGUGGUGGAACUCCUCGGCAGACUGCAACGUAGAGGACCUCCACACAGCCCUCGAAUCCACCAUUAUGACUGAUCUUCUACCUCUCUCUACAUCUGGCGACAUUACAAUAUCAGGAAUUACAUCCGACGAGUACCUCUUGGAAUACGACAAGAGACGGGGUGGCGAAUAUUCACGCUUCCAUGGAUACACGUACGAUGGCAUCUGGGCAGUUGCCUUGGCUAUUCAGUAUGUGUCCCAGAGGAAGGAUCAACUUAUAAAUAAGUUCCAGUAUCGGAUAAAGGAGUGGGAGAAUAUCUUCAUUGAGGCACUCAAGAACACCAGCUUCGAAGGUGUUACUGGCCCAGUACGCUUCUACAACAACGAGCGCAAAGCAUCGAUUCUGCUCAAGCAGUUCCAGGCUGGUGCUGAAGUUAAGAUUGGCGAGUACAAUUCCAUGCAUGGUCACCUGGAUCUGUCCCUGGGUGAAGCACUACGAUGGGUUGGUCGAUCACCGCCCAAAGAUCGCACAGUGCUCUUAAUUGAACACAGUCAAGUCAAUCUUACUAUCUACGUGGUCCUGGCUAGUUGCUCAGUAGUGGGUAUCUUUAUGGCUAUCGGCUUCCUGGUGGUGAACAUCAAAUAUCGCAAUCAACGCUACAUCAAAAUGUCCAGUCCCCAUCUGAACAAUCUCAUCAUCAUCGGCUGCAUGCUCACGUAUCUUAGUGUGAUCUUCCUCGGCCUUGAUAGUGGCCUCAGCAGCAUCGCAGCCUUCCCUUACAUCUGCACAGCCAGGGCCUGGCUCCUCAUGGCAGGCUUCAGUCUGGCCUUUGGCGCCAUGUUCUCCAAAACGUGGCGUGUUCAUUCCAUCUUUACUGAUCUCAAGCUCAAUAAAAAGGUCAUUAAAGAUUAUCAAUUAUUCAUGGUGGUGGGCGUUUUGUUGGCCAUCGAUUUGGCAAUCAUGACUACAUGGCAAAUAGCUGACCCAUUUUACAGGGAUACUAAGCAAAUGGAACCGCAUCCCCAUCCAUCACUUGAGGACGUCCUAAUCGCCAGGGAGAACGAAUAUUGCCAGUCGGAGAAGAUAACCGUCUUUAUUGGCGUCAUUUAUGCAUACAAAGGCCUCCUCCUGAUUUUUGGGGCUUUUCUCGCCUGGGAGACUCGACAUGUCUCCAUACCCGCCCUCAAUGACUCCAAGCAUAUCGGCCUGUCCGUAUACAAUGUGGUCAUCAUGUGCAUCAUGGGUGCGGCGAUAGCUAUCGUGCUGUCUGAUCGCAAGGAUGCUGCCUUCAUACUCAUCAGUGUGUUCAUAAUAUUCUGCACAACGGCUACGCUGUGCCUGGUGUUUGUGCCCAAAAUCGUGGAACUGAAGAGGAAUCCUAGCGGCGUGGUGGACAAGCGAAUUCGCGCCACUCUGCGCCCCAUGUCGAAAAAUCGACGGGACUCAAGCGUGUGCGAACUCGAGCAGCGCCUCAGGGACGUCAAGACAACAAACUGCAAGUUCCGCAAAGCGCUAAUGGAGCGCGAGGCCGAGCUCCAGAGUCUCAUUCGGAAAUUGGGACCAGAGGCCCGGAGCUGGCUCGAUGGUAGUCUCGGCGACCUGGAGCCGCUGAAGGAUACCGCGUCGCGCCUCUCAGUUCCACCCAUACGGCGCGAAAUGCCUAGCACAACAGAAACGACGGACCUCACCUCAAUUGGCAGCCUCACGUCCACCCACGCCGAUCUCGACAAUUCAUUGACACCCAAUCAACGGAAACGCGUCACAACAAUCUCCUCCGGGUCGGACAUACCCAUUACACAGCCCCUGAGGAUUGAGGAACGAUCCGUCCACUAUGGAAAGCAGUGCAACGACAUCCAGAUGCAGCCCAACAUGGAGCGUCGUGGAACAUUGCACGACAGCAACAAAAGUCUCAAUGAAAUUCAAGCCACGAUGAAAUUUUCGCCCUCAUCGAAGAAACUGGAUUUCGUGGACCAGAGCACUUCGAAUCGCCCAAAGAUGAAUUCACACAUGAAUUCCUCAACUCAUUCCGUGACCCAUUCCAACACCGAACUCAACAACAUUUGUCCACAUGCCAAAGGUAGUACGAAAAAUCUCAGUGAACAACAGAGACGUGUGAGCCUCCAGGUGGGCAGUGCUGCGAUAAAAGGUGGCUUUGUCGUAUCCCAGAGUGACCUCUGGGACACACACACGCUCUCCCACGCCAAGCAGCAUCAACGUCAGUCGGCUCGCACCUGCCAAAAUGCCGUUCGAUGCCAAGAACAUGGUUACCAACCGCCGCCUAUGCAGCAACAGCAGACACAGACGCCUGAGCAUCAUCCGGCCACGAUGUCUCCACAGGCGCCAAUUCAACGCAGUGUCUCAGAGAAGAAUCGCACCAAACACCGGCACAAGAGUAAGGCCAGUGCAUGCCAGAGUGAAACGGACAGCGAACGCGAACGCGAAUCCACACCAACGCACACCUGCAGCCAGCCUUCCGCCGGCAGCCGCAAGCUAGCUAAGACAAUGCAACAUCAUGCCCACCACAGAUCCUCGCCCAACGUGGCCCCAGGACAUAAGCAUCGUCAUCGCACAGACUCAUCCAUCUUCGGUGCUAGCUCAGAAUCUGAGCUGCUGGACGAUGGCGGCGACACCGCCAUCCUACCCAUCUUCCGGAAACUCCUAACGGAGCGUGAACCACGCUAUCGCGGACGCAGUAACAUCGUAGGCGCCAGUUGUCCCAAUAUCUCCAUCAAAUGCGAUAUCGUGGAGUAUCUAUAGACGCAUCCACCUGCAAAGACCACUGAACAGUCAUGUGCCAUUGUCGACUUCCAAACCCGUAGACAAUGUCCCUUUUUCUACAACGCGACACUGUACAUAGUGUAAAUAUAUUAUCUUUGACCUAGAUGGCGCCUCGAAAUACGAUUCCCUAUUGCCCCCUCCCCCUAGACCUAGAUCAAUAACUUUGCAAUUAAGAGUAGAUAUUUACAAUUUUAUAGAGAAAAGCAUGAAAAAGUAGAAAAAAAUGAACAGUUCUAGGUAAGUAAUUAAAUUCUUAAGAUUACAUAGGUAAAAAUGAAUUAUCACCUCUAAAAAAUUUAGUAUUUAUAAAAGGAAAGGUAUUUGUUUUCUCUAAAACCUGCGCUACUAAAUACUUGGCUUAUUAUUUAUUGAUUACGACUUAUUUUACUAAAUAAUUUUGUCUCUACAGUUUCCGAUCAAUUGAAAAUAUGCAAAGGUAUUGCGGUAAACAGUCAACAGUGUAAUUCAUUAAAAAAAAGUGAUCAACAUGUAACAUAAAACUCAAUCCACUCCAUCAAAUGUAGAUCAUUAUGAACAGCUAAAUUCCAAAACAUGUCCUCAAAUACUAAAAAAAUAAUUACACAGGAAUAAUUUCAAUUCUGUGGAAAGUCCAUAUGCUCGUUUCGGUUUUGUCAAAAAUGUUCUCACAUGGCAAGGGGUUAGUUAUAUGGAUUACACCGUGGCAAUCGUCAGAGAAAUGUUUCGCGAAACCCAAGAUAUUUUACAAGAAAUUCAAUAAGGCUAAGAAAAUGUUUGCGAAACCUGGAAAAUCCAAGGGGUAACUCAUUCCAAAGAUCUCAAGCGAAAACGCGGAAACACAUAAAAUACAAGAGAAAUCUCAGAAACUCUUGGGGAUUCUCAAAAACCCUCAAGUAACUUAAGAAACCCGAGCAACCAGAAAUACAAAUGGAAAUCCUAGAAAGCACAAGAAAUUCAAGUAUGCCUAGGAAUCCAUGAAACCCAAGAAACCUACAAUAAAUCCAAGUAAUACAUACAUUUUUUCAAGCAACCGGAAACUUUAAGAGUUAACAAAAUUAAAGAAUCCAAGAUAACUUUUGUGAUAUCUGAGAAAACCAAGACAAUUUCAAUAAAAACCGGCAAAAAAAACUCAAGAAAGUUUUGCGAGAGUUAAGAAAACUACAAGAGGUUUAAAUUACUCCCGAGAAAACCUCAAAUUUGAGGGAAAUCCAAGUAAUUUUAUGCAAAACCAGAGAAAAUCAAGAAAGUUUUAAUGAAUCCCGAAAAAACUUUUAAGGUUUUCGCGAAAUUUGGUAAAAAAUCUAAGAAUGGUGUCUUGAAAUCUGAUAAAACAAGGAAAAUUUUAACAAAAGCCUAUAAAACUCUCGUUUGAGCGAAACCUAAGAAAACCAAAAUUGUUUGAAAACACCCAAUGAAAUUUCACAAGUUUUUGCAGAAUCCAGCAAGAAAUCCAAGAAAAUUUCCGCGAAACCUGGGUAAACAAGAGAAAGCCGAUAAAUCCUAAAAAGCUUUCACAUAAUCCACCUAAAAUCCCAAGAAAGUUCUUAAGUUUAAAGAAAUCCUAUGAAACUUCAAAGGUAUUUUGCAAAAUGUGGUAAGAAAAGGAAAGA